AUUCAUUGGAUUUUACUGUCCUGUUACUGAUAUGAAACUAAUGUAGAAUUGUUCUUCUAAAUGGAGGGGACCAGUGCAACCUCACCAUCACCAAUCCUUGCAUGCCCGGCCAAUCCACGUACCGUACCAACUAUCUCAGACUCAGUCAAUAGCUUGGGAAUGACAGAAUUAAGUGAUGCCAACUCUUUUUCAGAGAUUAAUUCUAGGAUGCUUCCUCUUAGUGAAUUCUCUACACCCAAGAAGAGACAAUGCUUUUCGCAAGAUGGCUCAUUGCAUAAACCAGUGUGCGACGAGGCAAUAAAACUAAUAGUAGGCAUGAGAUUUGAUGACAUUGCUUCUGUAGAGGCAUUUUACAAGAACUAUGCACACCACGUGGGAUUUGGUGUCCGUCUUGGGUCACAAAGGAUGGUGAACAAUGUAAUUCACUGGAAGCGUUUCUUAUGCGCAAGGGAGGGAUACUGUUCCACAAAAGAUACUCAUACUGUUAACUACUUGGAUAAAAAUGCUUCAAAUAAAAGGCGCAAGGUCAAAAUAACAAGGUGUGGAUGUGAUGCUCAUAUUUACAUCAAUCGGGAUAGUGAAGGCAAAUAUAACAUAGCUUCAAUGGUUGAGCAUCACAAUCAUGAACUAGUGUCCCCUAGAAAGCAACACCUGAUUAGAUCAAACAGGAAAGUAAGUGAGAGAGCCAAAUUAACACUAUUUGAUUGCCACAAAGCUAGCAUUGGACCAGAGCAUAUAGGUUACUUCAUGUUGGUGCAGGGGCGUUUGACGGUGUGGGAUGCACGAAGAAAGACUUGCAGAAUUACUAUUCAGAGUUCAAAAAUAAAAUCAAGAAUUGCGAUGCUCAAAUGCUAG